AUAAAAACUUGGAAAAGAAGCGACGCCAUUCUAAAUUUUAAGUCUCUCUAAAACCCCCCCGUGUUUUCUCAAUCUCUCUCGCUCUGUAAGCUCAGUAAUGGAUAUCGAUUUCAAGGAAUACCAAUUGAGCUGCGAACUGCGAGGCCACGAAGACGACGUUCGAGGGAUCUGUGUGUGUGACAAUGUGGGUAUAGCAACUUCAUCAAGAGAUAAAACUAUCAGGUUCUGGUCUUUAGAUGCCUCGGACAAACGAAUGUAUCUUUCUUCUAAAUUACUGUUGGGGCAUACAAGUUUUGUUGGUCCAUUGGCUUGGAUUUCACCAAAUGAGGAAUAUCCGGAAGGUGGGCUUGUGUCAGGUGGGAUGGACACAAUGGUCUUGGUUUGGGACCUAAGAACUGGAGAGAAAGUGCGGACGUUGAAGGGUCAUCAGUUGCAAGUCACUGGUAUCGCAUUGGAUGAUGAGGAUAUUGUGUCAUCCUCUGUAGAUUGUACUUUAAGGCGGUGGAGGAAUGGCCAACUUGUUGAGUUCUGGGAGGCACAUAAUGCACCAAUCCAAGCAGUUGUAAAGAUGCCUUCUGGCGAGCUUGUUUCAGGUUCAAGUGACACAACACUGAAACUUUGGAAAGGAAAGACAUGUGUACACACUUUUACUGGGCAUACAGAUACAGUUCGAGGUUUGGCAGUGAUGCCUGGUGUUGGAAUUCUUUCUGCUUCACAUGAUUGUUCCAUCAGAUUGUGGACACUAACUGGCCAAGUACUAAUGGAGAUGGUUGGCCAUACUGCCAUUGUCUAUUCAGUUGAUUAUCAUGCAUCUGGACUAAUUGUCAGUGGUAGCGAAGAUCGUUUUGCAAAGAUCUGGAAAGAUGGAAUCUGUAUUCAGAGCAUAGAGCACCCUGGUUGUGUUUGGGAUGCCAAAUUUUUGGAAAAUGGGGAUUUUGUGACAGCAUGUUCUGAUGGAGUUACACGAGUUUGGACAGUACAUCCUGAUAAGGUUGCAGAUUCACUAGAACUUGAGGCUUAUGCUUCAGAAAUUUCUCAAUACAAGCGCAGCAGGAAGAGGGUUGGUGGAUUGAAAUUGGAAGAAUUACCCGGGCUUGAAGCGUUGCAGAUUCCAGGAACCAGUAAUGGCCAGACGAAAAUUGUCAGAGAAGGGGACAAUGGUGUAGCAUACUCGUGGAAUAGAAGAGAACAGAAAUGGGAUAAAAUUGGCGAGGUUGUUGAUGGACCAGAUGAAGGCAUGAACCGGCCUAUUCAUGAUGGAACUCAAUAUGAUUACGUUUUUGAUGUUGAUAUUGGAGAUGGGGAGCCUAUCCGUAAGUUGCCUUACAACCGCUCAGAUAAUCCUUAUGAUACUGCUGAUAAGUGGCUUCUCAAGGAGAACCUCCCUCUUUCCUACCGACAGCAAAUUGUAGAGUUUAUACUGCAAAAUACUGGCCAAAAGGACUUCAAUAUCAAUCCAUCAUUUCGUGAUCCUUACACUGGCUCAAGUGCUUAUGUACCUGGACAACCUUCUAGUAUGUCUGCUAUGCCAGCAAAACCUACCUUCAAGCAUAUCCCAAAGAAAGGAAUGCUUGUUUUUGAUGCUGCUCAGUUUGAUGGGAUCCUUAAAAAGAUUACCGAGUUCAACAAUACUUUAUUAACUGAUGUGGAAAAAAAGAACUUGUCCCUGACGGAGCUCGAGAUAUCUCGACUAGUGGCUAUUGUUAAAAUUUUGAAGGACACAUCACACUACCAUUCUAGUAGUUUUGCAGAUGUUGACAUUUCUUUGUUGCUGAAGUUGCUAAAAACAUGGCCAGUGGAAAUGAUAUUUCCAGUUAUUGAUAUUCUAAGAGUGACUGUCCUGCAUCCUGAUGGGGCAAGGGUACUUCUCAAGUGUGUUGAAAAUCCAAAUGAUGUGCUAAUGGAAAUAAUUAACAAAGUCACCGCAACUCCUGCACUUCCUGCAAAUCUUUUAACCAGCAUCCGUGCUGUGACUAAUCUGUUCAGGAAUUCGUCCUACUACAACUGGCUACAAAAGCAUCGCAGUGAG